GCCAGGAAAAACAACAAAUAACGUAUGAAGACUUGCAACUAGAUCUGCAAACGGGCAAAGGUUGAUAUCUAAUCGUUCUGCAAAGAUAGUGAAAAGAAAAGAGGACAUUGCCGAAGAACUAUUGUCAUCUCCUAGUUUCAAAAAUAUCAAUUAGGAUGUUAAGCUCAAUCACCUGUGAGAAGAGCAAAUGACAAAUACGUGAAGACAUAAGUGUCCAACCUGCGACCUAUCAUAUUUUCUCAACCACUUGGUGAACCCUGUCAAAUUUGAAUUUCCAACGUUCGUUGGAAUUGUAUACUUUUUGUUUGACAUUCCCGGCAGUAAUGGCCUUGAAAGGUGUGAAAGUGCUGGAACUCGCCGGCUUAGCUCCAGCUCCAUUCUGCGGAAUGAUCCUCUCCGAUUUUGGCGCCGAUGUCAUCCGAGUAGAUCGAACGGACCAUGGAUUUAACCAAAGUGUUACUGACAGGGGUAAAAGAUCCAUUCAAAUCGAUUUGAAACACACGCGGGGAAAAGAAAUGCUGAAAGAGAUGUGCUUGAAAUCUGAUGUUCUGCUUGAGCCUUUUCGGGCAGGUGUGAUGGAAAAGCUCGGUUUGGGUCCUUCCGUAAUGCUGGAAGAUAACCCAAAGUUGAUUUAUGCCAGAUUAACGGGCUAUGGACAGUUUGGAGCAUUUGCCAAGAAAGCCGGACAUGACAUCAACUAUAUAGCUUUAUCCGGAAUGUUAUCGAAACUUGGUCGAAAAGAUGAACCUCCCUACGCUCCCAUCAAUUUGUUGGCCGAUUUUGCGGGUGGAGGACUUACUUGUGCCAUGGGAAUUAUGGCUGCCUUGAUUGAGCGACACAAAACCGGCCACGGUCAAGUCAUAGACGCAAACAUGACUGAAGGAGCGGCCUACGUUGGUAGUUGGAUUUACAAAUCACAGGAUCGGUUCUUUUGGGGGAAACCCCGAGGGGAAAACUUCCUGGACUCGGGUUCCCACUUCUACGAGACUUAUGCCACCAAAGACGGCAAGUUCUUGGCCGUGGGAGCGAUUGAGCCUCAGUUCUAUGACCAACUGCUCAUCGGAUUGGGCUUGACUUCUGAUGAGCUACCCCAAUUUGGCAAUCCGGACGAAUUGAAAGCCAAGUUACAGAGAGUAUUUAUGGGCAAAACGCGGGAUGAGUGGACGCAGAUAUUUGACAAGCUGGACGCUUGUGUCACCCCUGUCCUGGAAAUGGAAGAAACAUCCACAUUUGCACAUCAUCAAGAACGCCAGGCUUUCGCUCCAAAUGCGAAAGGGCAAUUUGACCCAAUCCCCGCACCACGGUUGUCUAAUCACGAAUCGUCGUAUUCGGAUAUCGUGGCCAGGGCAGAGCCUGAAAUGGGGGCUGACACUAAUGCCAUUCUCCGAGAGUUCAACUUUAGCUCGGCAGAGAUUGAGGUUUUGUUAGAUGACAAGAUUGUGCAACAAGCCUCGCAACCCGACCUGAAGUCGAAAUUGUAAUCCUGGAGCCAGAAAGUUUUUUACAUUCACCCUGAUGGGUUGACGCCAUUUUAUCCCCCUUAUCAGAUAUGGUUUCCAAUGAAUCGUCUUCGACAUUUGCAAACCAAGACUUUCAUGGCCUGGUUGAAUAGUUGCCUAAUUUCGGUCGAAGGUAUUUGCUGAAAUGGUGCCAAAGGAUCGAAAUGGUUUCACAUUUAAGCAAAAAAAAACGCUAUGACCGUGCUGGGAUACCAAUUUUAGCUAAUUCACCAAGCACUUAUUAGUUCAAUCUUGUGAUCAUUUUUUAAGUGUUUUUUCUCCAGAGCCCAUAGCUAAAUUUAAGUCUCUUUAAAUAAAGAAAUUCAAAACAA